GAUAAAAUACACCCGAUUUCAGUGAAUUUCGGAGAAAAAAACAAAACCGAUUUAAAAAUGUCAAAAAUCUUUAUGAUUUUGAUAUGGUCAUCAAUAAUGAUUCAUUUGAUCAAUGGUCAAUCAAAUCAUACAUCACCUUCGAAUCGUAUUCGUGAAAAGAAACAAAGUAAAACAGAUGAUAAUCAACAACAUGUAUCAUCCUUAUCGCGAAGGCCAUCAUCAUCAUCAUCACAACGAAUGAAUUUUGCCAUCAAAUCAGCACAUGGUUCACAAAAUGGUUUCGGUAUGGGUGGUGGUGGUCUUGUACAAUCGGUUUAUAAUAAAAUUCAAAAUUCGGAUGGUACAAAAUCUUCUCCUGGUGGUGGUCCAUCAAAAAAAGUUCCAGAUAAUGAUGAUCAUGGUGGUGGUGGUGGCGGGGGUGAUCAUGAACAAAUCGAUCAAAAAACAUUGAAUAAAAUCAAAGAAAUUAUCAAUGCUGCUGUUCGAACAAGAUUUUCAAUCGAAACAAAAGAAGCCGAUUUUGAUGAAGAUGAUCAACAAACACCACAAGUAAUUGAAAUUGGUGGUUCGAAUCUACCUAUAGAAAUUCAUUUUAAAUCAUCAGCAAGUCGUAUAAAUAUCAAACAAACUCACGAUACAGAUGAUGAUGAUGAUAAUCAAACAAUUGGACCAACAAAAAUAACAUCCAAACCAACAAGAAUUUUACACGAAAUACAUAAACCAAUUAUUGCUGAAUAUCGUGAAAUUAUAACACCAUAUCGAAAAGUUUAUCAAGAAAUACAGCCGGUUAUGGAAGAAAUUCAUACAGUAGUUACAAAAGGAAAAUCAUCCAAACGUAAACAUCCAACUGGACAUGGUGGUAGUACAAAUUCCAAUGAUAAUCAUGGUGGCGAUGGAACAAAAAGUACUUCAAAUUCUGCGUACCAAAGCGGAUCAUCAUCAAAUUCUGGUGGUUCAAAAGGAGGAAGUGGUAAACAAAAGAAAAGACCAUCAUCAUCAUCAUUAUCAUCAUCAUCAUUGGAAGAAAAUAUUCGUCAAGUUUUAGAACGAAUGAAUGAACGACCACAACAACAACAACAACAAAUAUCAACAAAUAUGGAAGAUUUAAAUCUAGAACAAUUAGAACAAUCAGAUCAAUUUGAGCCACAACAAGAAAAAAUACCGGAAUCUCAACCACAUCAACAAAAACAACCGCAACAGCAACAAGAGGUGGAAAUGGACGAUGGUGAUGAUGAAGAUUCGAUUUAUAAAAUUCGUCAACAACCAUCAUCAUCAUCAUCAUCAUCAGGAUCAAGAAAUAAUCCAGGUAGCCGUAAAGGUUAUGGUCGACGAAAAAAACGAUUAAUAGUUCAUUAGUUUGUAAAAAUUGUAUCAUCUAACAAAAAAAAACAUUUGUAAUCUCAUUGUAUUUAUUGAUCAUUUUUUUAAAGCUUGAAAAUAAACAACCUUUUUUUCUCAAA